AUGAAACAUAAGUACCAUGUGCUGAUUUAUAGAAAGAAGAAAACGCAUUUAAGGUUAGAUGUGCUGUUGUUUUUCUUCUACGCCGUUUUUCUUCACUUCAUUUUGAAAAAUGAGAAAUUUUAUGCGAAGCCGGGUGAUUAUGAGUACUUAGCCAAAUUGGAAAAUGAAGUGGAGGAGGCAGUUACGUUUGGCCUCCAUGGGGAGGAGCAGAAGCAAUCUUUGGACGAGCGAAAAGUCGAAGGAAGUGAAAGUAAAGACAGUAGAGAAUUCAUAAAUAGGAAGGGAAGUGCAAAUGGGGAAGAAGAGGGAUCCAACAGAGAGGGAAAGGAAAACACAUUCAAGCCGAUUAUAAUAGGAAAGUAUAAUCUGAUCUAUCUGUUCUAUAGCAUCGAGUUUGUUGGUUUACUUUUAUUUAUUUUUUUCCACGUGCUAACGUUUCUCCUAUCGCAGUGGAACUUGAGCGUUAAUUUAUUCAUCUCCUUUAGUCGCUUAAACAGCAGCGACAAGGACAAGUACUUGUACAACGUGCAGAACAAAUGCACCCAUGUGUAUAUUAAGCCACUUGUUAAACGAAGUGACAAAUUGUCAGUAAAAAGCAAAGAGAGGUUUAACACAGACUAUAAUUUGUACAAGCCAAAAUCAGAGUUAGUUCCACUGAAAAGGGGAAAAAAUUAUAUAUUUUUUUUUUACAAACAUAAGAAAUAUAUUUUCAAUUACGAAACAUUGGAUUUCGAAUCGGUUAAGCAUUUUGACAAUUUUAAUUUGUGCUUUUAUCAAAAGUGGAAGGGACUCAUAGAAUAUCAAAUGGGGUCUCUCUACGAUGAUGAAAACACCAGCGCAACAUUACAACGGAUAGAAGAAAAUGUAAAAAAUAUAGAGAAGAGGGGAAUAAAUGUGAAUACGCUUUUUUGCCAACUAGAAGGUUUAUAUCUAGAUAAAAGUGGAAGAAGCGGAAUAAACCAAUUGGCACACCGCAACAAAGGGGGAAAUAGAUUAUCUGAAGAAGAGAUAGAAGAUGCUUAUGAUUACAUUGGGAAAGAAAGGGGAAGUGAGGAAGGGACAAAGAUAGGACACUCCAUUGAAGGGAGCAGCACGAUAGGAAGAUCUAUUCAGGGUGACGAGCGGAAAAGUAAAAAGAGAGUACAUCCCAUCGAAGGGGGAAGGAAACAAAAUGUAGAUCAAACAGAUCCUUUUCUUUCGUAUUACAAAAAGAGCAAUUUUGAAAUUCCGUAUGACAUUUUUGUACAUAACAAUUUGGACAAGUAUGGAGAAAAUAUAUACGACAUUCCUUCUCCCUGUUUUAAGAAGUUACUUUAUGAGGCCAUGUUAUCCCCAUUUUUUAUUUUUCAAUUCUUUAGCAUCCUUCUGUGGAUGCUAGACAGCUAUUGGUACUUUGGCAUUUUCUCCAUUUUCAUAUUGGUCAUGUUGGAAGGUCAAUUGAUUAACAAACGAAUAAGGGAGUUUAAUUUAAUAAACAGUAUGAAGGUCCCUGCGCAAAAUGUGUAUGUGUAUCGAAAUUUGCAAUGGAAAAUUAUCAAGUCGAAUAUGCUACUACCGGGGGAUAUUUACAUUUUAUCCAAUGAGACUAAUAGUGUGGAUAAUGUAUGUACCUGCGAGACAUUACUGUUGGAGGGGGUUUGCAUUACGGAUGAGUCGAUCCUUACUGGGGAAUCCAUACCUCUGAUUAAGGCAUCUAUUGAUAAGACGGAAGGAGAGGAAUACAUUCAGGAAGAUACCAGCGAUAAUGAUACAUGUUGUGAUUGGGCAGGACAUUCUAUGGAGGGAGUAUCACCCAUGGGAGGAAGUAAAGGAAACUCCAUUUUUACAAACAAAAUCGACAUAAAAAAUAAACACAAAAAACAUGUGGUGUAUGCAGGGUCAAAAAUUUUACUAACGAAAAAUGAAAAUGAUCAAUUUAAUAAUAUGAAGAUACCCAUUAAUGGGUGCAUAGGCAUUGUUCUGAAAAACGGAUUCACCACUUAUCAGGGAAAAUUAGUGAGGACCAUCAUUAACACAUCGGAGAAAGUGAACUCGUCGAGCAUAGAUUCGAUUAUCUUUCUUUUCAUCCUUCUGUUAUUUUCAUUAUCAUCAUGCGCAUACGUAAUUUACAGUGUAUUGCAGUCUUCUCACGAGAGAAAUUUAUACAAACUGCUUCUGUCCGUUUCGCAUAUAAUCACUGCAGUCAUCCCGCCAGAAUUUCCCAUAACUUUAUCAUUAGGAGUUACCAUUUCGAUAGUCUAUCUGUACAACUUAAAGAUCUACUGCACGGAACCUUUUAGGUUGCCAUUUUCUGGCAAAUCUAAUAUAUGUGCUUUUGACAAGACGGGAACCCUGACGGAGGACAAUAUGAUAAUUUUGGGUCUCUUCGGUUUUGACAAAAACACGGAGAGGAUAAACGAAAUAAAUGAAUCCAUUAUUAGCAAGCAGAGAGUGCCCUUCCUUUCCGUGGCAGUUAUCGCGGGAUGUCAUUCAAUAUGCACCGUUAACAAUAAACUCCUAGGAGAUCCUCUGGAAAAGAAUUCCUUCCAAAGGUUGAAAUGCAUGAUGAGGAGUUUGGACAAAACCUACGUUCAUACGAAUAAUUAUCACAAUAGUGCAUCUGCGACCUCAAGUGCGACCUCAACUGUUACUACGCAGGGAAGCGAAGAAAAGGCGGGAAAAUCCUUGGGCAUUUUUUCGAAAAAGGCACCCAGCACGACUAUUAAGGGGGAGAAAGGCCCAUGCGUGGAGAACUUCCAAAUUUAUAAGAGGUUUUUCUUCUCAUCAGAGUUACAAAGAAUGACAUGCAUCAUUUUACACGAAGGGUAUGAGUGCGACUGGUAUGGAGAAGAGUUUGAGGAGGUCACCGACCCCGGUACAUGUGUGGACACUCCUAACGGGGAGAAGAAUCCCUGUAAUGAAAAUGUGGCAACGCUAGAAGGGUUAAAAAAGAAGAAGAAAAAAAAUGACAGUAGUAAGAACGAACCGGUUAAACAGUACCUUGCGGUUAGUAAGGGAUCUCCAGAAAUGAUGAAAAAAUUUUUAAAAAAAAUUCCCGCAAAUUAUGAUCAAGUAUUGAAUAGCUUAUCGAUUAAGGGGUACCGUGUCAUAUGUCUAGCUGCCAAUGUGUUGGACAGUAAGGUAGUUUCCAAAAAUGUUAAAAGGGAAGACAUAGAGAAGGAUUUACAUUUCUGUGGCUUCCUCACAUUUAUAUGUCCAAUAAAAGCAUCCACUCCGAGUUACAUCCUUGAUAUUAAACAGGCUGGAAUUAAAAACGUGAUGAUAACAGGGGAUAAUGCGUUGACUGCGUGUCAAGUUUCGCAGGAUGUAAACAUUGUUCCCUCUGUAAAAGUUAAGGAUAUACUAAUUUUAAAGCUCAGGGAAAAUUACGCCUUACAUGGGAAGACCACAUCGACCAGUUUGACAAGUGACGGAGAUACUUUUAACCUAUGCGAACGCGAGAGGGCAAUCCAACUGAUACGAAACCUCCCCCUGCAAAUGAAAUCCCAACAAAAAGCAGGUGAAAAACUAAUCAAAAUGAUGGAGAAAAAGAAGGCGAGCAACGUGCUGUACUUUAUCAAUAGGGAAAAUAAAAAAAUGUUACCCUUUAUAGAAUGUGAGGAGUACAUAAAAUUGUGCGAACAACUUUUUACCCUGUGCAUCACAGGAGAUAUAAUCGAAUAUUUCCUGACGAAUUAUGAGAACGAUAUGGGUAUAUUUGACGAACUGAUAAAAAGAGGACUGAUAUUUUGUAGAGUGUCUCCAAAAAAUAAAGAGAUAAUUAUAAAAACUUUGAACAAAUUAGGGAAUAUAACCAUUAUGUGUGGAGACGGGACGAAUGAUAUGGCGGCAUUAAAGGCGGCACAUGUUGGAGUGUCCCUACUGAGCAUAAAAAUAAGUUACAAAAGUGCUAGACCAGAUGAUGCCGGUGCGAAUAUGGCUACUCAAUUAAAUGGAGAACACGCGAAUGCGCUUUUGGGUGGUACCCAUGUGGGUAGCUACCCUGGCCAUUUCAACGGAGGGGCCACCAGAAAUUAUGAGCACCGAUUGCGAAGUGCCUACGAUAAUUUAAACGCACAAUAUAACGCAGCAUCUGCAAGUGGAGCAAAUAACCUGGCAAAUGCAAAGUAUUAUGAACAGAUGAAAUUAUACAAUGAGAGGAAAAAGCAAUUGGAACAUAUGAUGCAAUCAAUGGACGACUCCUUACCGCUUAUCAAAUUGGGAGAAGCAAGCAUAGCAUCUCCAUUUACAUAUAAAGGAAAUGACAUAAAAUGUGUGAAGGAAAUUAUUUGUUGCGGAAGGUGUGCCUUAUCAAAAGUUAUAAUGAUGUAUAAGUUGAUGAUUAUCAAUUCUCUCAUAACCGCUUUUUCUGUUUCCAUUUUGACCCUAGACGGGGUAAAGUUAAGUGACGCACAGACAACGGUUAUUUCGCUACUGUACACAUCUCUCAUCGUAUUAAUUUCCAAAACAGCUCCUUUAAAAAACAUAUCAAAUUAUUCGCCACCCAAUUCCUUAUUCAACAUUAGCGUUAUGAGUUCUUUGAUCUCUCAAGUAUUUGUCCAUUUUUCUAUCCUCAUUUAUGGAUGGAAGUUGGCUUGUUCGUAUAGAGAAUCUGAUUACAUUCCAGACUUGAAAGGAGAUUUCUCUCCAAAUCUGGUGAACACCUGUAUAUAUUACCUAAUUUAUUGCAUCAACUUAUCCAUUUUUUCCUGUAAUUAUGAAGGGUUACCUUUUAUGACCCCUAUUCAUAAGAAUAAAGAGAUCGUGUACAUUUUUGGUAUAAAUUUUAUUUUCUUGUUUGCUCUGGUUAUGAAUAUAAUUCCCUACUUGAAUUACUUCUUCUCUCUUGUCUCCUUUCCAAAUGCGCACCUUCAGUUUGUGUUUUUGUCUUUAAUGAUUUUGGAUGUCGUUGCGCCGUACCUCAUUUGCGGCUUCAUCAGGCGCAUCAGACUCUAUGCGUUCGAACGUUUCGGAGUCAGUUUGUGA